UGUGGGCAGACAUAAGAAGACAAGGCAAUAUUUUUAAAAGAGGUAAAACAAAAAGGCUCUUGAAACCCUAUGGCAAUUGUCCAGGGAAGCAGCGUAACUGCAGGCUGUGCCAGCCGCAGGCUCCAGUGUCACCUUGGAGACCAGCCGGUAAGUUCCAGGCCUCCCAAAAGAGGGGGGCCAAGGCAGCCAAGUGUGUAAACAAAUAAAACGAGAUGAAGAAGGAAGCUUUGCAGUGAGGCCACAGCCCAUUAUCACCUAACUUGUUGCUUGAGCCCAGCAGUGGUGAAGAAAGUCAGGCACAACACCAUCCCAGGUGCCUGAACACCUCCCCAGUCCUGAGUGGAAACUCCAGGUUCAGGAUAGCAUUGCAGCCCAGCUGGGGUCUUCUGAAGCAGUUAUAAAAUUCAGCAUAUGUGACAUUACCAGUAGCCAUAACCAGUGUUCUGUAAACAGGAGUGGAGUAGAUGCCGGGCACAGCAAGACAUGACCGAGAGAUGGCAAUCCAAGCAAGAAGAAGCCUGUACAAAACCACUGACCCUCUAGAAAGACUUCGCCUGCAGUGUUUAGCAAAAGGAUCUGCAGGCAUCAAAGGACUUGGCAGAGCAUUUAAGAUUAUUGAUGGUAACAACAGCAGAACCCUUGAUUUCAACGAGUUUCUGAGAGGACUACAUGAUUAUGCUGUGAUGAUCAGUAAGGAAGAAGCACAAGAGCUUUUCCGGAAGUUUGAUAAAGACGGCAGUGGAACAAUUGAUUUUGAUGAAUUUCUUGUUACACUGAGACCUCCCAUGUCCAAUGCAAGAAAAGAGAUCAUCAUGCAGGUGUUUCGGAAGUUAGACAAGACUGGAGAUGGUGUCAUAACAAUUGAAGACUUACGAGGGGUGUAUAAUGUAAAAUAUCAUCCCAAAUACCAAAAUGGAGACUGGACAGAAGAUCAAGUUUUUAGAGCCUUUCUGGAUAAUUUUGAUUCACCCUAUGAAAAAGAUGGGAGGGUCACAACAGAAGAAUUCAUGAACUACUAUGCCGGAGUCAGCGCUUCAAUAGACACAGACGUCUACUUUAUCAUCAUGAUGAAGAAUGCUUGGAAACUCUGAUCAUAUAGUUAAGGAAGCAAGACUUUACUUUCACCUUUUGUAGGUUCCUCUGAUGAAGUGUAUGCACAACACCACCCUCCUCUUCCAUAACAACAGUUUCCAGUAACUGUGCCAAUUACAUUCAAUCUGCAGAAUUAAUUCCCAGAUGCUUCAGUAGGCUCAGCCUCAGCGGAUCAGAACAUAAUCAGAGAGCAGAUCUGGCAUCCAGCCACCUCACACAUCUGUCCUUUUUCUCUUUGCAUCGCUAGCAUGUCUUUUCUGAGAUGAGGUUUUCCCUGCUUUUCUGACAUCUGCAGUAGGUCGUUGUGGCUCCUGAGCAUACCCCUCUUGGAGUGUUAGAUACGGAUCUGUUUGGCAGAGGAAGCAAUAGAAGGAAACCAAAAUAUUCUUGAACUGUGGUGGUCUUGGACAGGCUGUUAUAAAUGGAAGGAAAUCUGGCCCAAGAGGGUCAGGUAGACUUGUCUCCUGUAGCACUGUAGUAUCUCUUAGCUUCUUGAGUGUCACUUGUGUGAUGGAGAAAUUGCUGAUCUUGCUGCUGGGAACCAGCAGUGAGUUCCCAGUACAGGGAGGCUGGAGGGAUAAUCCAAAAAGGGGAGACAUGGGUCAGAAAAAACGCAAAAUGCUUUUUAAAGCCCUGUUUUAUCUUCCUGGCUCAUGACUAAACAUACAGACAACUUUCCUGUGCAUACCAUGUUUCAACCUCCUCUGCAGCCUUUUAUAGAUUUUCACUCCCUUCUGCCUGGUUUGAUUCCUUUAUUUCUGUACUGUGAGAUCAUUUUACUUAUAUUUUUCUUUAAAGGGGAUACAUGUGUUACAGUAUUUUUUUCUCUCUGUUCCUGGAAUGUUUGCUGACCUGGUAGCUGUUGCCUGUACACACCUACACUGAAAGUUGCUUAGUACUUAUUUGUAUUUGCAGUGUUUUAUGACCAAGCUAUGACUUCAAGGAGCUUUCUGGGAAAUACAGAACUUGUAACGUUCUUAUCUUAUCUUCUCUAUUUCUGACACUGAAUAAAGACUGGGAACCUACCAUUCUGGUCACACCAA